AUGAAACCUCAAGACAGAUUCUACUCCGAAGGCCAAGGUUACUUCGGCCCGAGGGAAAACCCCAUGACCGAAACACAUUGCAAUGUCUGGGAUUGGGAUCGACUGAAGAUGGUUAAGGUCAAAGGCACCGCCAAGCUAUUUCCGCCCGACGAGGAUGUAGAGGUCCCGAUUCUGGCGCAAUUUGCGGAUUACCUCUCACCGGAAGUUCGCGCAGUUACAGUCGACGACGAUGGACUCCUUGCGGGAAUCUCGACCGAUCCAGAAGAGGAUGAUACUCCAUUUGUUGCAUAUCUUCCUUUUUCUAUUGCUGAAUCACUCGCCGGUUGCCGUACAAUCCAGUAUUCCAGACUUCAGAAUCUCGAUCGGCUUGGACCAGGUGUUGAUCUCUCAUCCUACGAAGAUGAAUUCGGGAUUCCUCAGAAGGUCGCCUUCAAAUUUAAUCCUUUGGACAAGCCUCAGAGGCUACAGAUGGCCUGGGAUGAAAUCAACCUUCUCAAAUAUCUGCCGCCACAUCCCAAUAUAGUACCAUUUGAUCGCGUUGUUCUCGAAGAUGUGGAAUCUAGGAUAAUUGGGUUCACAACGAAAUACAUUCCAGGUGGAACCCUCGACAAUACAAAUGUGCCUUUCCGAUUUGAGUGGUUGCAACAACUUACUCAACUCGUGGACUUCCUGAAUCUGGAACUGGGAAUCAUGCAUCAAGACAUUGCACCCCGCAAUCUGCUUAUCGAUCCUGACACCAACAAGAUCCUUCUAUUCGACUUCGAUUGGGCGGCACAUGGAAAGAAGCGCUUGCUGAAUGAUCGAGAUGACGUGACUGGUGUUGUGUUCACACUAUACGAGCUUAUCACAAACGAUACACGAUUCACAAGUAUUCCUCACUGGAAUCGAAACAUGGAUAUGGUGCAGAGCAUCUCGGAGUGGACUUGUAAUCGGGAGCUGGACUCUGACGUAUCGAGAUUCCGCAAAUUUUUGAAUGACUGGGUCGCCGUGCGAAAAUCAGACGGGGAUAUGGAACGAUAUUUCAGCGCAGCCAACCGGCUCACGUGGCCGGACCUACCAACCGCGCCUGACUACAAUGUACCUUUCGAGCUGGGCAAAACUUUGGAUGGAGAGCCAAUUUGGACAACGGGCCCGCGAUUUAGACGCACUGCGAUGGAGAAAGGACAGUAUUGUUUUCGUUGGGAGAGGCCACCACAGGAAAACUUGUUAAACAAGGCCAAAAGUGGUAUGCGCUAUAGGAACUGUGAAGGAUAA